AUGUCCGAAGAGUGUGACGUUCUUAUUUGCGGCAGCGGCUCGGCCGGUCUCUGUGCAGCCGUUUGGUUAGCCCGAGCUGGUAUCAACUUCAAAAUUCUCGAGAGACGCGAAGGCAUGCUCAAACAAGGCCAGGCCGACGGGGUUCAAGUCCGAACAGUUGAGAUUCUGGAGCAUCUCGGCUUGUCUGAAGACGUGCUAAAGGAAGCCUGCCACGUUCUUGAACUUGCCUUUUGGUCACCAGACGGAAAUGGCGGAAUCAGGAGGUCGCAUCUCGAGCCGGACACUGAGCCUGGACUCAGCCACCUCCCUCACGUCAUACUGAGCCAGGCACGAAUCAACGAGUUUCUCAUUCAGGACAUCGUCAAGUCAUCGGGACAAUCGCACAUCCGGUACAACAAUGAGAUUUAUGAAGUUGUCGUCGACAGUGAAGCAGCUCAGGACCCGAACGCACAUUGCGUAACUGUGAAAUCAAUGGAGAAUGGAGUCGAGCGCACCUAUCGUGCAAAAUAUGCUUUGGGUUGUGAUGGAGCUCAUAGCGCUGUCAGAAAGUCUUUGGGAUUCAAGAUGAUAGGGGACAGCACCGAUGUGGUCUGGGCCGUGAUGGACGUAUAUCCAAGGACUGACUUUCCCGACAUCCGGAAAAAAUGUGUCCUUCAGUCUGAUGCUGGCAACCUUCUCAUCAUCCCGCGAGAGGGCGACGAGAAAGUCCGGUUCUACAUGGAGAUGCCCGUCACUACCACAGCCGAGGUUACACCAGAAAAAGUCAAAGAACGGCUUGAUUGUAUCUUCAAACCUUACCAGGUCGAAAUCGCAGAGACUUCGUGGUUCUCGGCAUACUCGAUAGGCCAGCGUCUUGCCGACCACUUCACAAAAGAUCAUCGGGUCUUUUUAACUGGAGAUGCGUGUCAUACGCACUCCCCCAAAGCUGGCCAGGGCAUGAAUGUCAGUCUCCAAGAUGGCUACAACAUUGGGUGGAAGCUAUCUGCGGUGCUUCGAGGUCAAGCCCAUCCGUCCAUUUUGGAGACCUAUGUCUCUGAGAGACAUCACACUGCCAAGGAUCUGAUCGACUUUGACCGGCAAUUCGCCAAGAUGUUCUCAUCCUCCUACCGGAAGGCGCACGGCUAUUCUACCAAGGACUUUCAGGAAUAUUUCAUCAAGUCUGGUAGAUACACUGCCGGGCUUGCGAUACAGUACAAGCCUUCUAUACUGGUAAAAACUGGUGAGCAUGAUGAUUUGGCAUGUGGUAUAUCACCUGGCAUGAGGUUUCCCAGCGCUCAGGUCGUUCGCUUCUCGGAUGCUAAAGCCAUGCCACUUUCGCAAACUCUGGAGGCGGACUCUAGGUGGUCUCUAGCUAUCUUUCCGGGGGAUAUUGCCCAGAAACACGCGGAACAACGUCUGGUCAAGCUUGCAAAAAGUCUCGAAGUUGUUCUCAGGCGGUUUGAUGAGCCUCAAAAGGAAAUGAACAGUUUCUUGAACCCAAUACUGGUACUGAAGUCUGACCGCAAGAGUCUAAACGAUAAGAAGAUUCCCAAAUUGUUCACGCCCUACGCAGGGAAAUGGAGGGUUAAAUGCCUUCAGAACAUCUUUGUGGAUGAUGAAAGCUAUCAUGCGGGCCACGGACAGGCAUAUGCCAGAUACGGCGUGGAUCCCGAAGUUGGUGCCAUGGUUCUUAUUCGACCAGACCAAUAUGUAUCUGAAAUCUAUGCGUUGGAAAACACAAAAGCCAUCACGACUUUUUUCGAACCCUUCCUCGUGCGCAUGACCAAUGGUACCCACAAGACUGGGACUAGUUACAAUGUAGAAGACGUUGUAUUGAUGUAG